GAUGAUGAUGAUGACGUUGAUAAUGACGAUGAUGACGUUGAUAAUGACGAUGAUGACGUUGAUAAUGACGAUGAUGACGUUGAUAAUGACGAUGAUGUUGAUGAUGACGAUGAUGACGAUGAUGACGAUGAUGACGAUGAUGAUGAUGACGUUGAUAAUGACGACGAUGAUGGUGAUGACGAUGAUGAUGAUGAAGAUGAUGAUGACGUUAUCCACCAGAUAGAAUUUUAUCCGACGGAUAGUGUUAUCCACCCUUCGAACAACGGGGACAUGACCUUCAAAAAAACGGUUGAUAUCAAUGCUUAAUACUAAAAAUUGAUUACACACGCAAAGAACUGCGUAGAUUUGGGUUGGAAAGAAACGUUAAGGAAAAAGGACAGGUGAUGGCGCUAAAGAGAGUUGAUUGAUUCGAAAUACUUGAUGAUACGCAAUGUACUCUUAAACUGGAAAAAUUUGAAGACGAGACUUCCAAAACGGAGAGAUCCAGAAUCUCGGAGGAGAGCAAAAUCGAAGCGCCACACAACUGGCGUUCUCAGCAUUGAACAACAAAACUUAAACAAAAUAAAAUACUUGAAGCAAAUACGCUUCUAUCCGUGACCGAAAUCGGAGGUCAAAUAGCGAUUAAGUGUUCGAAAGAGUUCCUUCGCACCCCAAUUCUCUUACAUCUAUCCACAAAGUUGAUUUAUGAGUUUGGGAACUCUUAAUGUGACUUGAGGAUGGAGAAUAUAACAGAUUUGAGAUUUACAGAUUUACACGCUGAAAGGGCAUGAAAUUAAAAUUUAUUCGCAAGCUGGUCCAAGAAGCCGAGAGCCAAUAAAAUGGUGCAUAUCGCUUUUUCCACGUGUGAGGAACCGCGUAUCGCGCUUUUUCACCCGUAAAGCGGAUGUUAUUCUAAUUAAUCCUUCACUGGCAUAAUUUCCGUUCAUAACAUUGUAAUCGGCUCUCAGGACUGUUUAUUAAAUCUAAUUACUUAAAAAAGAUGACUGAAGAACCUCUGUGAAGAAUAAUGCGGAAUAGAAAGUAUGCAGAGCAAAAACACAAAAGAGAAAACAGCGAGUCGGUUUGUACCAGAAAUCUCAUUGGUUCGCUGCGCACACCUGUUCGAUUUCCGAUACUACCAAUUCGUGCGUAAAAUACCAUACGGACAGACUUUCCAUGAAAUAUUCUCUAUCGAUUGAAUUGUCAUAGCAGCUCUUGAUUCUAGUUCCGUCUAUGAUAUCCACAAUUUAUGCAUGGAGAUUUAACCGUGUCAGCUUGAGAAAUACGUGUGAAAAACGAGAAAACGUGUGUUAUUAGUGCUUUUCUCAGGGCCGGAAAUCCUUGUAUAAUACCGCAGUCUAUGUGAUAAAAUUUAGUAAGUUCAUUCUCCUCAGGAAGUGAUAGAAUACCACCAGAUGAAGUUGUUGUAGUACUUUAGAGUUUAGACGGACGAUCACCUUCUUGAAAUUAGACCCGCUACCGCAGUGCUGGAAAAGAAAGAAACUUCGUGUUGCAUGACUCACUUGUUGUGACAAUUUGACACGAGGGUGUAGAAAAAAGAACAAGAGAAGAUGGAACAUUAUUAAGACCUUAAUUUAGUAGUUCAGCGGAGGAUCUGGGGCGGGUGAGACAGUAACCAGGAAAUUGAAAACAUAAAGGCUUCAAGCUUGUUCUGAAACUCUUUCGAAACUCACUUGGAAACACUUUUCUCAUUUUUUUUUCAUCUAAAGCAACACAUCCGAGGCAUUCCUAGAAAUGAUCACAUUUGACUCGUUUCGUUUCCAUGUUUUUGUUUGUUUUGUUUUGUUUUUUUUUUUUUUGAGUGUUGAUAAUGUAGUUGUAUUUUUUAAUGUGACACUCGCAUUCUAAUGAAUCACCCCUUUUUCAACGCAGGGAAAGCCUCUGCUCAAGUUGUUCCAGAGAAAUACAUAAUAUUCACUAAAGGAUAUGCCCUCAUAUUGACCUGCAAAGUCAACGAAGAAACUAUAAGCAUAAGGUGGAAAAAAGAUGGAAACUCGAUCACAGAAAGAGCAGUUAUAGAUACACGAUUAGAUGAAAAAACGAGUAAACUUGCUCGUACUGAAGUUGUAGAAGAGGACAGUGGUGAAUAUUCUUGUGAAGCAAGUAACAAGCUAGGAAAUGUGGCUCGCUCUGUUGUGACAGUAGAUGUCAAAGGUAAGCUGUUUAAGGAACUAAAUAUAAUUUCAGUCAUUAAAUUUUAUAGAUACCAACGCACCAUAUUUGUCUCGGAAUUUAUUAUAAAAGUCCGUAUAAAAUUUGGAUUACCUUUUCGUUUCCUGCUUCUUUAAUACCAAUGACUAACGAGUCAUGAUUUCAUUUACAUUUUUAGAUGUGGUAAAAGUGCAUGAGUCACAGUUUGUCAAAGCGGCUAUCAGUGCAUUAUUAUCUAAGUAUUUAUUAUUGGAGUUGGAAAGCGAUUUUUGAAGAAACUUCCAUGUAAACUUUUCACUGAAUUUAAAUUUGCCAAAUCAGCGACCAAAACUGCAAAUAAAUAUAUGAACUUGGUCUUUUGUUGCAACAGACGAUUUGGGUGUGUAAAGUGACAAAUUUAACGUUAUGUUUUCAUGGAAUGCAAACCUUUUGACCACCAUUACUUAGCUAUUCUUCAAAGUAAAUGUGUACUUUGAACCUAGAGAAACUGGUAAUCUUGGAAGAUGGUAGCACGGGGUGUUGACACUACACCUAACAACUAAUAAGAAAAGGACGAAGAAAUUAAUAAAUAGGUACCUAAAUUCUUACCUCCCUGUUCUGUUGGUCAGAUAGGAAAUCUUUACGAAAAUAAAGGAUGUUGCUAAAAACAACAAUUUCAUGAUUCGUCAAGCGCGGUUCGAAGAGUCUGGCGAAUACACAUGUAGCGCUGAAAACCUCGAAGGAAGCAUGAAAUCAACCUUUUGAAUUGAAGUGAAAGGAGGUACAGUCCUCAUUCGUAUAAACGAGAAGGAGUUCUGGUUCAUAAUUGAAACAAAUGUUCGAUUUUUUUUUCAUUAUUGAAAAGUAAUUUUCAUAAUUUUUUUCAUUACUGCAAAAAUUAAAAGAAGACGAUUCUCAUUUUCCGAAUCAGAUCUAUGGACUUCUAAAACACCCAAAAAAGAAGUUGAUUUAGAAUCCAAAAAUUAUUUUUAAUGAAGCAAUGAUGACAUUUAAAAAACGAGUUUAAGGUAAUCGGUAGAACAAACAUUACAACAGAACUCAGAGAAAACGUACGCUCUGAUUGGUCAAAAAUCUAUGGACUAUUGUCCCUGUAAACCCAUAUUAACUGAAAAAUAUUCCUGCCCUGAGAAAUGAAGCCAUACUAGACAACAUCCCAGAUUUUAAUUUAUCAAAAGCCUUUGCCUUAAUGGAAUAGUGGAGGACGCUUUUGAUACCGCAGUUAAAACGAGCAAAGUGUUGUUUUCUUAACAUUUAUCAAGUUUUCUAUUUAUAAAAUGUAGUUUAACUAACUAUUCGCGCCGUUUUAAGCUUUAAAUUUCGCUUUCAAUACGCUACAUCCCAACAGGUAGUUGCUCGCACUUUUAUUGUAUCAGCCUAUGGAAAACCAUUUGAAAUGUUUUCCGAGGUUUCUACUUGAGAUUCAUAACUUCUUGCAGCGCAGAGCUAUAGCGCCUACUUUGUUUUCUCAUUUUAACGUUGGGUCUCGUAUUUAUACUGAAAUUUUUACUUUAAUUACUGAGCAGCGCCCAAAUCAUGUCACUCGAGGUUUUCUAAGCCCGAGAAUAAAGGUGAUAACAGACUGGCACGGACUCCCCAUGUAGCUUUUGUGGUCGCGUCGCAUUAUAACCUUCAAAUUAUAUUUUUCCUCUCACGAGCGUGAUUUUCCCUUUUUGUAAGAGAUGAUCGGAAGUUUUGUAAAGAUUACUUUCCGCAAGGACGGACUCCGAUGUUCCAUUGAUAUUUUUUAAAAUUUUUUCACUGCCGAGUGAUACGUUGUGACCUUUUGGCUUUUGUGUAUGCGUAAGAGUCGAUUGCCUAGAGGCAAAGUUGACCCCUGACAGAGACCUUUCUAUGAUGUUUUCUACCCUCCUACCCUCCUGCUUUGAGGUGUUGUUUGAAUUUUAAAAGGCCCUCCUCUAAUAUUUCUUUCAGAGAGUUUGUUCUAAGCAAUCUGAUUGCUUCGCCUUUGAUGAAACCAUGAUUUACGCCUGGUGGGUGGCACGAGGCGAAGUGCGUAAAUUGGGUUAGGCUUGUAAUGGGUUUUUAUGUCCAAGUUGGAUUUUUUGCGAAUCUCUCUCCUCUAAACUCUGUGGUAUCGAGGAAGGUGAUUUGGUUCUCUGAGAUUUAGGCCAUGAAUUUGAUAGUAGGAUGGAAAUAGUUACCUCGUUUAAUAAACCAUCUACUUCUUCUCUGUCUUAAUCCCAAAGGGAGUCAUCAAUGUAACGUUUCCAUUCUCUUUCGCUUUGUUGGAUUAAUUUCGUUUCAAUUUCCGCCAUGGAAAUAUUGGUAAAUGACACCGCCCAUAUUCGUUUGGGAAAAGUUCUCCUCAUUGAAUUGAAACAAAUUUUCUUGAAAGAUCAAGCCAAGUAUUUCCCUGAGGUAAUGCGUUGGGAUCGGUGCGUUAUGGUUGUUGAACUUUUCGUAUGCUUCUUUCCUUCUUCUUGAGGUAUAUUUGUGUACAAGCUAGAAAUGUUCAUUGAUGCUAGAAUAGUAUCUUUGCCCACCUUUGUUUUUUCUAUGAAAUUGAUAAAAAGCAGUGGCAUCCUUCAUAUAGGAUUGUUGCAAUUGUGCCAUAGGCUGGGGCAGUGUCUCCACAAAAGAUGACCGGUAUAGGUACGUGUAUUUUCGUGAGCUUAUAGAAUAUUGGUAUUCUUGGCGGAUUGGGAGUUUGUGAAAGCCAUCUCUUAGUCAUGUCAUCGAUGUGUUUGCCCUUACGCAUUUGGUCAGUGAUCUAAUUAACCCUUUUCUACAUGUUUUUCACUAUCGGUGCUUUGAGAGGUUGUGGUUAUUCAUGAUGACUGUUGUACCUUUGUCUGCUUUUUUGAGUUUUAAAACAGAAUUAUUUUUAACUCUUUUAAAGCCAUAACCUCAUUGCGUGACGAAUUAUUUUUUGGCUUAGUUACAGCAAUCUCUGCAAGUUGUGUUUUGACAUUUUCCUAAUCGCUCUCAAGGGCAAUAGAAGGCUGAACCGGUGGUAUUCAGUUGGAAUUAAUAUGAAACGGAUGUGGUUCUUUGUUUUGUCCGUGAAAGAUGUAUUUGAGGCGCAUUCGUCUUGCAAAUUGUUCAAAAUCUUGCAAGAGUUGUUGCCUAAUUUUACAUUCGUUUGUCACGGGUGUUGAAAUGAAUUUGAAACCUUUGAUAGCAUGCUGACUUGACUGUCAGAAAUCUGAUAGUUUGAGAGAUAUUUUAGGAAUGUUUCAUUUUCCUCCCUUUCUUUGCGUGAAAGCCUAUAUUUUAAAAUGUGUCUGCGCUCUUUGCGUCUUAUGCUUUUUGUUCUGUUCCGCUGUAGUUAAAGCCAGCUUUUUUAGAGUCAGAGAACAUGUCAUGUUACCGUUUCAUUACUCACGCAUAAUUACAUCGCACCCUAAAGUUCCCGUAUCAACGUGUGCUCGUGGGUGUGAACAAAUUAGUUCCUCAUGGCUGCGCGUGUUUAUUCUUCGUCAAGAAAUAGAAAAGUACACUGCUUAACGUGGUGUCAGGACCGGUUUUUACAGCGAGCUAGUCUCUCGUAGACAGAACUGUAUCAUUGAAUAGCUUCUUCGGCAACAUCUCAAACUUUCGUCAACAUUUCACAAUUGCACCAUGUACGAAAAGUCUAUCCUCGAUGUACAAGCUGUGCGAACAAACCGUUACCAUAACCGUUACUGGGAGACCAGAUUUCAUGAUUAAUGUUUACUCGAAGGCUACAGAAACCCCACUAAAAGCAGACUCACCGAGACUGGGGACCAUUACAUCGUCGCUAGGAGACGCUUCGAGUUAGCAAUUCCUGCAACUGAAUGGGACACCUUACACAGAGAAAUAGCUUCCAAGAUACCGAACGAUGAUGCUGGAAAACACUAGAUCUGGCUUUAAAAAACCAAAGAAAAUUACGCUGGUGCAUGUACUUUGAUGCAAGACUGCUACCACUACUGAGCAAAAAUGUCACAAGCAGACCAAACCUCCAUUUCAACGUAAGAAACCGCUGUAAGUACUGCCGUCGGAAGAUUAUCGUUUGGCAUAAACGCGGAAGAAUUUAUUAGGGGUAAGUUUCUCUUCGGUCUCCACGAAUCCUUCAGUCGCUUCCGAGAAGACAUAUUUCACAGAGAUGGCCAACGGAAACCGGAGGAUCCCCCUUUUACCCUGGCUUUCGUGGAGAAUCAAGUUAUAUCGUUUGAGGCGGCAUAACAUACAAAUAAGCUUUUGGCUAAUUCCACCACAGAAGAACAAAUUCACUCUCCUACACUAAGGACUUGCACUGUGGAAUUCAUUUCUAAGAACUGGACCUCGCUCUUUCAAGGUCUGGGCUUCCGCGGCCCACUCAUCUGUCUUGAUCUGGAUCCAGAUGUCAAACCCAUCCGUGCCCCCAAUCACUGCGAGCCCAUUUCAAAGCUGGAUGCGAUCAAAGCGGCCCUGGAUGCGUAUGAAACCACUGGUCAGCCGGUAAGGGUAUCUCAACCGAAAGCGAAAACAAACCCCCACCAAACCGGGAAAAUACGGAGCUGCUUAGACCCCUCUCAGCCUCUCAAUAAAGCCAUUCGAUGUCCAAAGUAUAUCAUCUCCACCUUGGAAGAAAACAUCCACAAGCUGCAUGGAAGGAAUACAUGUCAAAUAGGCAAAACAUACUCUUGUCCUUAAGAUCAUCUCUGAUGACCAAAAUGGUCACACCAUGGGGUCGCUACAGAUGGACUAGACAACCAUUUAGCAUAUCCUCUGCAUCCAAAGAAUGGCAGCGCCAAAUUCAUAUGGUGCUUGAUGGCCUCCUAGUAUUACCGAAGGCAUCUUAAUCCCUGGCUGCGGCGCUAAUGACGUCCAAUCGACCACGACCGCAUCCUUAUCGCCGUGCUUGAGGGAUUUGAACAACGUCAUGUCAAGCUGAAUGUCAACAAGAAGAAAUUCCUUAUUCCCAAAGUCACCUCCAUGAGCCAUGUUACAACCAUGGAUGGCUUCCAGCCCAACCUGGUCACAGUUAAAGCUAUCACCGUCAUGCCCACUCCAACCGAAAGCCAAGCAGUGCGCCGCUUCCUAGGCUAUUAAUUAACUGGCAAAAUUCUGUUCCCAACUCAGCAGCGUCACCCGACUUCAAUGCAACCUCAGCAAAAAGGACAUGCUGUACCUAUGGUCAAUAAGGCACCAGCAAGCCUUUGAUUCAGCAAAAGUCCUGGCCACCUCUCCAGCAUGCCUGGAAUACUUUGACGUAACUGCGCCAUUGAUCAAUCAAGUGGACGCCUCAGACUAUGGCCAAGGAGCUGCCCUCUUACAACCCAUCAAACCCCUCAGUAGCAGCGCCCUUGACGAGUUUUCUCUGCGACCUAUUGCGUACAGAAAAAGGCCUAACCACUACCGAGAAGCGCUAUGCGCAAAUCGAAAAGGAGUGCCUGGUUAUUGUUGAAGCCCUCAACACAUUUGAGCAAUGGCUUUUGGGAAAAUCCAACACACAGUCUACUCAGACCACCAACCCCUUUAGUUGAUCUUCAAGAAGGACCUCGCCUUAGCGCCUAAAUGUCUGCAGAGGAUGUUGCUUUUCCUACAGUGUUACAACUUUACUUUUGUGUACAAAAAAGGUUCUCUCUUGCAUUUAGCAGACACCGUAUCCAGAGCCCCAUGUCAAGACGAAGCCGUCAACCCAUCCAUGUCGGACACCUUCCGUGUGUUUCACGUUCAUCUUGCUCGCUUGGACCCCACCUCAACGGCCCUCACCAAUACCACUCGCGAGCAACUACGCAAUGCCACAUCAUCAUGCCCUGACAUGCACUAGCUGCAGCAAUACCCCCUCAACGGUUCGCGAAGAACUCAGAAUUGUAAAUGAUAUUCUUCUUAAGUCUACUCGCGCCAUCAUUCCUACCUCUCUCAGACCAAGUAUGCUGAGCAAAAACCACUACUACCAUAGGGGAGCAGAAUAUUGCCUUCGUUUCACAUAUAAGCAUGUUUUUAGUUUGCCCUACCUGCUCCCAGUGUGGAAAGCAAGCCGCCACUGACCAUAUUAUCCCAUCCUGUCCCUACGCGACCUCGGCUGUUCAUCUCGCAGGACAUAUUUGAGUUCCAACAUAAGCAGUACCUAGUCACCGUAGACUAUUGCAGUGAUUUCUAUGAGUUGGACCAGCUGAUAAACACUCAAUCCACCACCAUCGUCGUGCCCACCAAAGCCCACUUUGCCCACCCCGGCAUCCCAGUAAGUUGUCUAAUAGACGAUAUCCUGGGAGCCAAAGAAGUUUAAUGACUAUGAACUUUACUAGAAAGUGGGCUAACAGAGUGCAACCUCACAAGAGCAUUCCAUAUCCUCAGUGCCUUGCUUUUGGAACAUUUUUCUUCUUUUUCUUGGUAUUAUCUUAUUAUUACUGAACAAUGGGUCACAUUAAUUUGUCUUAGACUUCGGAGGCACUAUUUGUCUAUAUUUGCAUAUGUGUCUAUAUAUAUAUAUAUUUCUUUUGACGAGGGGGGAUGUCAUGUCACCGUUGCGUUACUCGCACAUGAUUGCAUCACAUUCUAAAGUUCCCGUAUCAACGCGUGCUUGGGGGUGAGAAUAAAUUAAUUCAUAAUGUCUGCCCACGUGUUUAUUCAUCGUAUAUCUAGAUAGUAUACUGCUUAACAAGCACACUUAUAUUUUCCAUCUAUUUUAUUUGCGAGUGUAUAAAUAAGCUCUUUAAAGUCAUAAAUCUCAUUCCUUAAUUUGGCUAUUUUUUCAUUGUUUUUUUAUAAUGUUCGCCAAGUGCUUUCCUUUGAGCGUUUGCCUAUUUAUAUGUUUUUUCUUGUGAGAUAUUGUUUUCGUCUUCUCCACCAAGACUUUGUAAAAGUUAUUCCGCUAGAGAGUUGUGAAAGGCGGACAUUGGUGCAAUUGUUCACAGUGGCUACAACAAUAUCGACGGUUUCGACACUUCACGAGUCUCUUCAGCUGUAGUUUGAAGAUAGUGUUGCAAUAGCGAGGUCUUUCAGGGAAAGGUAGAGUGGUGUUCUCAAUUCCGUUCCCAAGUGGGAAUUGCUUCUGUGACCUUUUUAUACGUAGAUCGUUAGGCUUGAGGAUCGAGUUCCCAUUAUUCCUAUUGAUCCUUGAUGUUGGCUAGGGAACCAAUAAGAAGCAGACCAUUUCGAUUUUACCUGAUCUGAAGGUGAGACUGAGUUUUUAGGAAGGCCUUUUCUGCUGCAUAAUUCGCUUGAAAAGCUACUGAGACUCAUAAUUGAAAUUUGUUACGGUUUCCCGUUGUGUUUGUUUUCGUUCCCCCUAAAAAAGAGGGCUCAAAAUGUUGUUUUUAAACUAAAGCUUGUGUAUUGUGCAUUUGUACAUUAACUGAUUAUGCACGCCAGAGUAUUUGCACAUAUAAAGGACGGGGUCUGUCUGGAAACCAUCAACAAGGGAAUAAAGGUAAAGACAGACCGGCACGGAUUCCCCAUCGCAUUAUCGCCUUCAAAUUAUGUUUUUGCUCUCACAAGCGUGUCUCGAUAAGUUUAUUGGAAACCCUACGGCAUCGCGUCAAAUACCAAAUUAAUGAGUUUACCGUAACCAAAUGUUAACAUAAACAUUCAAAGUAAUUAUAGAGAAAGGUAGAAAUAAAGACUGCACCACUGUCCUACAUACUUUAUUUUGUUAAAUGAUCCGAAAAUGUCGUCUGUGGUUGUUUAUCAAAUGUUUCUGUUUACAACAUUGUUAGUGGAUGGUGGCUGGAGUGAGUGGAGCUCCUGGAGUAUCUGUACCAAACCAGUUGGUGGUAUACAAACAAGACAGAGAGAAUGCGCCAAUCCAGAACCAGCACAUGGUGGGAAACACUGCGAUGGGACCGGAGCAAUGCUAAGAGAAUGUAACAACAUGUCCAGUUGCCAAGAAGGUAACAUACAAAUUGUAGCCUUUCUGAUUUCAGUGGAUGAAAACUUCUUUGUUGAAACAAAAAUGAACUAAUUCAGGAAUAAAAGCUAGAAUAACAACAAAUGAAUGGAACUGCUAAGGUUGAACUUUAAUCACAUAAUCAUCCACGCAAAGUAUGUGAAAUGCACAAAUUAUCAAAAGUCAGGAGUUCAUUAUAAGUCAGAAAUCCUUCAUGAAUGCGCAAACUUUGUACAUGUAUGGAAUUCACCAAGCUUUUCUUGAAAGAAACAAAACAAAUCUCCACUAUCACUAUCGCUCUGUAAGAAGUCUGCACUAUCAGCGCAAUGGCGAUUACGAAUUUUGUUGGACUGCCCGUAAGCAAUACCUUUUUAGCUAAUCCGGUAGUGCUAACUAUCAUCUAAUGAGAAGAAACAUGUUUAAAAAUGCGAGGGCCUCAGUUAUUAAUAACAUUUUGGCAUUGACCUGCUGGCAAAGAAAAUCAUAUUAGCUUAAUAGGAAAUUCUUCCCCCAUUAACUGAAAAGAAAUCUUUCAACAAUGCAAGGACUGCUGUUACUAGGGUAAUUAUAUGGGGACAUCAUCAACACAAGAACUUACCUAUGCUGAAGUAGUUCACGCUGUUUAUUGUUAUCCUUAUUUGUCAAUUUUUUUUAAUAUUUGAAGAAUUUCCCCUGCGUUUUGAAACAGAGAAGAACCCAUCUGUCGGUACAAUGAAGAUAUUCUCAAACAGCAGCUGGCAAAAGCUUUGUACCAGUCAAUGGGAUGAAGCAGAUGAAAAUUCAACCUGCAUGGCCAUGGGCUACUAUAGCAACGCCGUGUAUACUAAUGACACAAGGUACGCAGAACGUGGCAAUUCCUCAGAGAUGUCCACUCAUUACAACUGUACCAUUCCCACCACAUGUCAAAACAACUUGGAAAAGAAACAACAAUUUUGCAAAGGUAAUAAUGAAUUGCACUCAUAUAAUAUCCACAUGAUCUCCAAAGAUGGUAACUUGAUAGAUUUAUUCACACUCCAGAUAAGAAAAUUUUUCCGAGAUCAAUAAUUGUUCAUCUUCGGGUAUCUUUUAGGUUCUAAAAAGGUAUCUAUCGCUAAAAAUGUAGCGGGUUUCUAUUGUUUACACCCUAAGACGAUUAUAGUUGAAUUACUGCCGAAAGAAGCUGCGCAGUUAUGCAUUUGGGUUUCAUGAACUUCAUAACCUCCAAACCCUUCACCAAGUUUUCCUUAAAACUAUUGCAUCCUUCUAGUUUCCUUUUUUCUCUCUCUUUCGUGUAACUAGGGAAUUUCACAAUUUUUCACCCUAUUUAUACUUAACUAAACGCCUUUUUCUUGAUUAUUCCGUGAGAAAUGCUUUAAAAUGACUUUCUAGUUUAAAAUGUAAAUCACCCUUUUGUGUUCUCCGAAGGCAAAGAAAACACGUCUUGAAUGUUCCAAAAUUGUUGAAAAAACAUCUAAUUUUACAAUUUAAAACGCAGUCACGAAGCAAUGAAAAAGAGGUUUGUCGUAAAACAUUGCAGAAAGGAAACCACAUCGUGACAACGAACGAUGCGGCCAACAUUCGAAUACUGAAUGAUUUGCACCCAGAAUUUCCCUUAAAAAACGCUUAGACAGGCGUGAGCUAUUUAUCAUUUCGUGAUUUAUAGGCAUUCUCGAUUCAUGAUAAUUAGUGUUUUCCAUCUUAACGGAUUGAACUUUUUGUAAUUUCAUAAGUUCCUGUUCGCUUGAAUGGCGCAAAUGUGGAGUAUGGAGGAAGAGUGGAAGUGUUUUACAAGGGGAAAUGGGCAAAGAUAUGUCGGAAUAAAUGGGACUUUAAUGAUGUCAAAGUUAUUUGUCGUCAACUUGGCUUUGAAGAGGCUUUGGCGGAAUUCAUUGGGUCAGACAUAAAGGCUGAGGGAAUACCUUUUGCAAUGUCCGAUGUCUCUUGCACCGGAGAAGAGUUUGAACUUGCAUCAUGCGAUCGCAUCGAUGGAAAGUUAAAUAUUCCACCUCAAUGUCAGUCGGAUGACAAGGGUUCUCAAGCGCUGUGUCAACCAAGUAAGCAACUAAAUUUUUUGGUCUGAUUAGUUAUUCUGGUUUUCGUGGUUGUUUUUCUUCUUGCCAUUGACCUUCUAAAGUAGAGGGAAAUCAGAGUAAAUUGAGAUACACAGAUGACCAGAAGACCAUUUCUAAAAACAAUCUGCUAAAGUAUAACUCGCGGACAAGCAUAUACCUGUUCGCAGACUUUACGCUCAAGAUAGCGACAUGACAUCGACUGGGGAUGAAAUGACUUAGUUUAGUUUAGGGUAAAAAUGACUCAGAUGAUUUUGAUUUUAUCAACCGAGUUGAUAAUGGUAAUUUGCCCCCGUAAAGAGUUUCAAAGCUGAAUUUCGAGCGUUAGCCCUUUGUCGUGGCGGGUGUUAUACUCCCCCACCGACGUAGCACCACAGUUUCUUAAGAGAGGAUGUCAGCAUCCAUCGAACAAAUUUGAAAUAUUGUGGCAAGUCGCCCAAAAUUCGUUUUCUCUCCGACUUUCAUAUUUUGUAGCCCAAUAUGUCCUAGAUAAUUGUCCGACAUACUUUUACUAUGUCGAAAAGUACCACCAAAACAAAGACAGUGACCGAUAUAACAGAAUCUACAGAGCUUCUAGCUUUUAAAAGACAAAAGGAUGGUUAUAAAGUUACUGUAAAAAUUUCCUUGUGUAUUUGUGUUGUUCUAUCGUGAGACGAACUCAAAGUCCGGCAUUAAAUUUAGGGUCUGUUUAGAUGGAGGUGGGGGACCUCAGGUCGCCUGUCAAUAUAAUUUCUUGUUUUAUUUUGAUCACGUUUGCAUGAUAGGUGGGGUGACCCGCUUAGGCGGGUUGCCCGGUCUGCCAGGUAGGGUAACCCUGUCAGCAAUUUGCUAUGUAAACGUCUCAAGGCGGGGUAACCCGCCUAGCCGGGGUAGCGUUCAUGGCAAAAAGCUCAAAAGCGAAAUAUGUAUGUUUUAAAACUUUGUACAUACCCUAGCCGUCUCAUGGCAGAAAUCAUCAGAAACCGUAACGGACACACAAGGAGUGUAAAAUGUUCACAUUUCGAAAUAUUUAGCGUUGUAAAUUAACCAUAUUUGGUUUCCCAAAAUAUUCCGUUUAACGUAUUAAGUCAACGGUUCCUCGCGAAACCAAACACCGCGUAAUACAACGUGUGACGCUUUCAUGAACAAAUACAUUUGUGAGCGAGGAUUAAUCUUCCAUCUUUUUCGAGAUGUGAGCUUGGGACACCUCUGCUCAGACUCCUUAAUUGCAAGCGCAACAACAACCUCAAGAAACCUCACCCCAGCACCCCGGGGUUUUAAGAUUGCAUGUAAACGCGUUUUAUUUUUCGACCACGGUUAGGCGGGUUACCUCACCUACCUGGGGUCCCCCACCUCCAUCUAAACAGGCCCUUGCCUACUUGUCGCCAUCGUUUAGUAGCAUAAAUCACAACAAUUUGUAAACAAAUAUCUGACAUAACACUCUUACCCUAUUUAUUUAUGACUUUAUUAGCUGUUUCGAUGAUCAAAUUAUGCCCUACCUCAUUUUAGCCAGAUUUAAAAUCUUCUCCACGUUAUUAUAUCAGUUGCAUGACAAGCGUGACACAUAAAUUCAAGGAUGAGUCAACCUCCGAAUUACCAAGAGAUAGGUUUUUUUCCCCUCUUUGCAUAUCUGCAUAUCUAUAAAAACCUUCCAAGAAUUACUGUAUUCAGAAAACUAAAAUAUCCAGAUCCAUCAAUGGUUCCUUUGCCGGCGGAAGUCAAAGAAUGUUCACAAAAGUCAAUUCGAUUGACAAGCUCCAUACUGAUUUAGCUAAUUGUUCUGUUGUGUAAGCGUCUCAUCUUACAUGCUAACAUGAAGAUUUGCUGUUCAUUUAAAUCGUUCGCUGGUGGGACUUUUGGGUAUCGUUAUCGAGAAGACCGACGUUGCAUAUCUCAGGUCGUUCCCUUGCGUAGUUGUAAAAAAGACAUUUCAAGUCACUUGCGGAGAUCCAGAAACUGAAGUUAAUCUUAUUUUGUCGCGAGCCGGCAUCUUCGAGACACCAGAAGAUACCGAUAAUUUCACAAUCUGCCCCACUCGUAGAUCAAAUAUCGGUACCGGUGUUGGGUGCCUAAAGAAGUGUACGGCCGUGGUAAAGGUAGGGUUGAGUCGAUUCCAAAAGCUGAUUGGGGAAUUUGCAAGCAUGUACCACAGAUAGUACGCAAGACGUCUGGAAAAUUCACUGUACCACCUUGUGCAAAAUUACGCGUUCCGUCAGACUUAGGUCUCGAUUGGGAAUUGGUCAAUACACACCCUGUCAGCACCCAGUAACCCGCUUUUAACUACUACGCCGCUACUGAAACAACGAUUAGUAGCCACAAAAGUGACAUAUUCAAAUAUUGUCAAUUCAACAUAAACAAAAAUCUUCAUACAGGGUAAAUAUUCAUUUUUGUUGGGAUCAAUUAUUGCGUGACUAGCUUAUGAUAUAAAUGGGGUAGGGGAAAACACAACUUAAAACCUGGGCUCCUGGCAAAAAGUAAUACCGAAGCGUAAUAUAGUAACCGAAACAGCUUCUUGGUCUUAAAAAAUCAUAAGUAAACAAGGUAAGAGUGUUAUGUUAGAUUUUUUUUACAAAUUGUAGUGAUUUAUGCCAAUAAACGGUGGCGACAAGUAAGCAAAUUUUGCCGGACGUUGAGUGCGUCUCACGAUAGAACAACACAAAUACACAAGGAAAUUUUUACAGUAACUUUAUAACCAUCAGUAGAUUCUGUUAUUUCGGUCAUUGUUGAAACUGUCUUUGUUUUGAUGCUACUUUUCGACAUAGAAAAAGUAUGUCGGACAAAAAUAUUUACCAAAAAAUAAAUAUUUCUUUGCUAGCUUCAAUACUGAGAGGGGAUUAAGUUUCGAUGAUGAAAAAAAGAUUAUGUUGACAGAAAUAUCGGAGGUCAAGUAAAUUCGUUACAUGAGGUCACGCACUCGGGUGAUAUUCACGGUGAAAAUUUGCAUGUUUAAGCGGUCGAACGAAAAAAAUCAUUUCUCGAAAACUAAAAUAUAUUUUCACGAAAAAACUACACCAAAAUUAUAACGACAUAUUGGGCUACAAAAUAGUAGGAGUGAAAGCAACUUACCCUCCUCAUUGAUGAUUCAGCUUGGCAUAUCUUUCAUGAAUGUAAUCUGACUGCUCAUAAGAUCACUUGACUUCAGUUAAGGGUUACCUAAUUUCUUUUAACGGGUGACAUAACCUUUUUUGGAUGCGAUAUAAUUCUAUUCAAAGGUUACAUUACUUUGAUAAUGGCUGACAUGACUUUCUUUGGAGUAAUAUAACUUAGUUUUAAGUACAACAAAGUUCCAAAAAUUUCUCAAGUUAAGCUUUAUUAAAGGUGAAUAUAUUCAACUUUUCUCUUCUUGUAGUGUUGAUUACACAGAAUCUGACUUAUUUUGACAUCUUCCAUACCGAACCAUUUUUUUUUUUGCAGAAAACAAGAAUGUGUUGAAAAGAAAUGAACUCUAUUUUGAUAUUGGUAGCAGAGAAAAGCUUUAUUGCUCUAUAAACAAUAAAACCAAUUAUGCUAGAUGGGUCAUCAAUGGGCGAAAGCUUGAAAUAACAAACUCUACUUCUGAAAGGAUCAAGGCUAAAGACAAUGGUGAUCUGUUCAUUGAUGACGUGCAGCUGUCUGAUGGAGGAAUAUAUGAAUGCCAGAGAUUGGAAUAUGUUCAAUAUUACAUUGUCUACAUAAAUGGUAUGAAAACACAUCUUUUUAUCUUGUAGAAAUAGGCUUAACAUGCAUGACAAUGUCAUGUAAGACAAGUGCACUUCUGACCUUUCAACAGUAUAGCUACGAUAUUAGUGCUUUUCGUUACUGCUUUCAACAGCAAGAUUUACUCAGAAGACGUUGGACCAACAAACCUUUAUUGCGUACACGUCUGGCAUUAUAAGCUGUAGUGCUGGUGGAACACCAAGUCCACAGAUUUCUUGGAGUAAGAAAGGAGGAAAGUCCUUAGACCCGAGACGAUUCGCUCAAAUAUCCAACGGCAGCCUGCGUAUUGGUUUUGUAAAGCCUGAAGACGAUGGAACAUUCAUCAUCUGUACCAUGACACAAACUAAAGGACCACAGAGGGUCUCAAGCAGAGAUAAAAACAUACUAGUGACAGUUAUAAGUGAGUGACUAAUGAGAUAAUAUAUAGAAAGUCACAAAGUCAGUCCUUCAAAUGUAAUUAAUUUAAUUUACUCAUUUUCAAAACCUUUUCGCUGCUCAUACUCACAGGUAUGUGAGGUUACAUUUUAUCGUGAAUAUGUUCGUUUUCGUUGUUUGAAAGUAGGGUUGUCAUGUUAAAAAAAUUAUACUUAGGUUAUUUGUGAACGGUGUAGUUUCCUCGUCAUGACUCAAAGUAAGUGCCCUGUGACGAAGUUUAUAGUUUCUUUUCAAACUGGUAAUGUGCCUAAAUCGACUUCGGUUGGUCUUGGUGACAAAUUCACUUUCUGAAUGCAGUAUAAUCGUUUGUCGCGCCAUGAAGAUACUUUGGAUAUGGAUCGCGACUUUUUGACUGCAUAUUGUGUCUUCUUCCUGUUAUAAGGUCGGUAGAUAUGCAUGACCUUAUGAAACUCUCUGUUUGGCUGUGAUUGACUGGAAUCCCACACAGGAUUCGAUUGGCACACUGACCAAAUGUUCUUCCGGAGUCCACUGUCGCAAAGUUACCCUGUUUUUGUGUUUCUUGUGGUCAGCAUUCAUAUUUUUGGGAUGUCUAUCCUAAUGUCCAAUUUAUGCUGUAACAGUCUCAUGUGGAUGGCCUCUUUUACCCUGCGUUUAAUAAUAACAUGAUCACUAUCAAUAUACUCUACUUCAGUCCAGAGCAGGUGGUUUCCACGUGUCUCCUGAAACUGCAGAGGCCUUUGUCUUAGCAUGUCGUUUCUCGAUCUGCCAUAUUGCUCGUUGAACCUUACUUCCAUAGGUCUGCCUGCUCCGCCGAUCUAAACUUUGCCGCACUCACAUGGAAUCUUGUAAACCACGGGCUCUUGUUUUAAAGAUGCAGUGCCAUGGAUGGCGGGUGUGUUGUUACUAUUUGUAACAUCAGUGAAGUGAAUGAGAUGCUCUCGGUUCUUCAAAUGCUGUAGGAAGCUAUCAGCGUUUUCGCGAACCAAGAUUGUGAAUGUGUCAUAUGCAUAACGUUUCCAGAUCCUUCGCUGGUAAGAUGAUAAGGUUAUCGAUUGCUCCUAUAACUCUAUAUGUGGAGAUUAGCAAUAACGGCGGAGACCAUACUCCCUAUGGCUGCGCCUUCUGUCUUACGUAGACUGGUGGUCCGAGAUAAUAGGAGUAUGUAGACCUCAAUACGAAGUUCGAAAGGUUCGCGAUCUGACAAACGAUUAUACUUCAUAUUAAGCGCUACUGUCAUCAUCAAAUGUUCAUUUAGUUACUGCGUCUAAUGUGUUCAAUGUAAAUGAUAUAGGAACACCUCCGAUUUUCCAGUAAUAUGUUAUUUAUUUACCUUUAAGUUCGACCAAAAGUUUGUAUUUCUGGAGCAAGCAAUUUCACCAUAGAAGGAAGCAAUGUAAACUUGACGUGUAAAGUUGUGGAAGGUCGGCCUGAACCACGGAUCACCUGGCUCAAGAAUAAUACAUUGCAAAGAGAGAGUUUGUCUCUCUUCUUUUCUAAUAUAACAAAGGAGGACGAAGGGCGGUACACUUGUAAGGCAGAGAAUGAAGCAGGAAAUUCUACCAAAUACACUGACAUUUCUGUAAAGGGUGUGUUUGUAAAGUUCAACUGUAUUAUAAAUCAGUCAUGCAUUUGAUAUGCCUACGGAGUGCGAAUCAAUAGCCAGUGGGCCUGACUCUAGAUCAAGGUUUCUGGGUCUGAGCUAAGGGUAAGGUAAUUGUAGAAAACUAUCAGAAAAAUUUUAAAAAAUGCAAGGGCUUUCAGCUAUUAUCUGCGACUGAUUCACCAGUGAGGACCAGGUCCUGGAUGAAUAAUUUUUUCAGAACGCUUCAUUAGUUAUUUAUUGCGAAGAAUUGGAAGGUCUUUACAAUUGUUCCUUUGUUCCCGCUAUAACAAUUUGAUGAUAUCAUGGCUAAGUUAGUAAUAUAGCCUGACUGACAUGGUUUUUGGAAGGAUUUGUUUGAUAUGGUAAAAAAGUGGCUCGUUGUCUUCUUCUCCUUCUUUUUUAAUGUUAUUUAUUAUUGUAAUUUUUUUUCUUUUUGUGGGUGGGGGAGGGGGGGGGGAAGGUUGGGUGGCUUCUUAUUUUGUAAUUUGUGUUUACAUGCUUACUUUGCAGUUCCACCCCAUGUUCGUGAUGAGUCUAGAAAUCUCACCAUUGAAUUUGACUACCCUUUUAUUAGAGAGUGUUAUUUCAGAGGUGACCCACAAGUAUCUGUCUACUGGACCAAGGAUGGAGUGCUAAUUAGUAAAAACAACACCUUGGUUAUAAGAAAAGCGACGUUUAAAGAUAAAGGCUAUUAUGAAUGUACUGCUAAAAAUGAUUAUGGCGAAGCAAACUCUUCCUUCUGGAUCGAUGUCACAGGUAAACCCAAAAUUGUAGUUUAUGUCAUUUAUCAAACUUGUAACUUAACAGAGCGUUUGUUUUAAAGUUUAAGCCAAAUUUAAAUAGACCUAUUUUUUUCUCUUUUCAUCCAUUUCCUGGUGACUUAGAGUUGAUUCUGACUUACAGACACACAGAUUGUAAAUGAAGAUAAAUCCGUAACCAAAGAAAUGAUUAAAAACACCUCCCGCUAUUAAGGAAUUCCAAAUCCUGUGGUCCACUCUAACAUUUUUAUCCUUGGACGCAUGUCAAAAUACUCAAUUUGGAGACGUCAAAUGACAGAUUUCCUUUUUUUUUAUCACAGAAUGCAAAUGUUUCACAUUGUUUUGAUCAUCAUUGCCUAAUGACUUUUCAAAUUCAAUAUAUACUGCUAAAAAAAUAAAACUGAUAGUCGUUAAACAUAUAGGUUUUUAACAUCACACUCAACAACCAGAAAGAUCAAAUUGCUCUGUGAGCAAACUCGGGAAUUGACACAUGAUUUUUUGGAUUAUGUUCUCUGGUUUAGGGAAUUUUGUGGUUAAUUGUCAUAUCUAGAGUACGAGCAGUAGUUCAGUGUUCGCUAAUGUAGCAAAGAAACAAAGUAACGUUGGGAUAAGAAGGCAUUACAGUUGAAAUGAUCAUGCUAUUACAUUUGACAAGGGUGGAUGAUGUCAUGUGUUUUAAACGUAUAUCAUUUUUUUUCUGGUUCAAAAGAAAAGGUUGGAAGUAAAUGUGGGUGAAAAGUGAAAUUUACUGUCUAUCAUUGUAAAUAUUAGAAAAUCAAGGCAAUACUGUCUUAAUGAAAACAUUAACGAUUCCCUCUUUAUCAAAUGAGACAAACGGGAACGAGUUUUGAGUGAUAUAACUAAGCCAAGACUGUCACCGCCAUUUUGGAUCUCCGCCUGGGUAGAUUUUAGUCACGUGCUAGGCAACGUAUAAUCAAUAACAAGAUAGAAUUUCAUUUCAGGCCUGUUUAUCAAUUUUGUGGUGUAUAACUUUCGCAUUUUAGUACAUAAAAUGUAUUUUGAAUCUUCAAAUUGUCUUGAAACUUAAAAGAAAAUUGUUCUUUAAAAAUUCACUGAAAAUCGGUAGCUAAAAUUGUUUGUUUAGGUGUUAUUUGAUUUUCGUGUUAACUUGUAAUUUCGUCAGUCGCCGGCACCCUUUGUUGCUUCACACAGGAAAAACACACGAUAAGAAACGUAAUGAUCAAUUUUUUCCUCAACUCACGCCAUAACAGAAAAAGCUUUUGAACAUCUGUAAACUCCGAGCGCUUCGCAGUAAGUGAUAUUUUCAAUGAAUCUUCGGAUUGUUUUCAAGUUCAAGGAUUAUAAAUUACAAUUUUAUGAAAAACGAAAGUUGUCUGUUAUUUCAGUGUGAAUCUUUGCAUGCCUGCCAGUCGCUGGCGCCGCUUGUUGAAACUAAAACGAAAAAAAAACUCCUUUAAGAUUAUCAUUGGCUUCUUUUUCACCCCACCACUAUUCUUAGCAACAAAGGUCGCUAUUCCGUUUUUUUAUUGCUCGCCAAAAACUAUCAAAUGCACUCAAAAGCCUAAAAUCGAAAAAAAGUUUACAGGAAUCUGUUAACGCGCAAUUCACGAGUUAAAAAAAAUGAAGGUUAUUGGCACAACUGGGACAACUUAAGGCAAAACAAUAUCUUUUUAUUCUGAACGCGAAGAAAACCUUUAUAAAAAAAUUGACCUUGGUUAAAAAUAGACUUGAACAUCGCGUUUCUUGUUUUGAUUUUGUUGUUGUUGUUGUUUCGUCGUUUUAUUAAAGGUUAGAUAAAUGGGGUUAAAGUGGAUUAUACAAACCUUAUUAAUUUUGGUUCUUUUUUUAUUGAAGUAUUUCCGCAGAUUAUAAAGCCUCCGAUAAACCAGUCUGUUACUGAGGGAAACUCUGUGAACUUUAGUUGCCGAGCCACAGGUGUGCCAACACCAACAUUAGUCUGGGUUUUUAAUAAUGGUGACCUGCCAUCUGGUAUCAAUCAAUUCAAUCACAAAGGAGAAUCAUUCCUGGAAUUUUUAAGCGUCACAAAAGGGAUGGAAGGGACUUACAAGUGUGAAGCGAAAAAUAAAGCAAAUACAACUAGUUCCUCUGCAACACUGCGUGUAUACGGUAAGUUUAAUGAUAAUGACGAUAAUGAUGACGAUAACGAUAACGAUGACGCUGACUUUGACGAUGACGCCGACGAUAUCCAUGGCGAUGAAGGAAGAUGA